AUGAGUUUCAGUAUACUCAUAGCUAUUGCAAUAUUUGUUGGAAUAAUUUCCUAUUAUUUAUGGAUUUGGUCAUUCUGGAUUCGAAAAGGAGUCAAAGGGCCUAGAGGUCUACCAUUUCUCGGAGUUAUUCACAAGUUCACAAACUAUGAGAACCCUGGAGCUUUGAAGUUCAGCGAAUGGACAAAGAAAUACGGACCUGUUUAUGGAAUUACGGAAGGUGUUGAAAAGACGUUGGUAAUUUCGGAUCCAGAAUUUGUACAUGAAGUUUUUGUAAAACAAUUUGAUAAUUUCUACGGGAGAAAAUUAACUGCAAUUCAAGGAGAUCCAAAUAAAAACAAGAGAGUACCACUUGUUGCUGCUCAAGGCCAUAGAUGGAAGCGAUUGAGAACUUUAGCUUCUCCUACUUUUUCGAAUAAAAGUCUAAGAAAGAUUAUGGGUACUGUAGAAGAAAGUGUUACGGAGUUGGUCAGAUCAUUAGAGAAAGCAAGUGCGGAAGGAAAAACUCUUGACAUGCUAGAAUAUUACCAAGAAUUCACAAUGGAUAUUAUUGGAAAAAUGGCAAUGGGACAAGAAAAAUCCUUAAUGUUUAGAAACCCAAUGCUAGAUAAAGUCAAAACGAUUUUCAAAGAAGGACGAAACAAUGUUUUUAUGAUCUCUGGAAUAUUUCCUUUCGUUGGAAUUGCUCUACGCAACAUUUUUGCCAAAUUUCCAUCACUUCAAAUGGCUACCGAUAUUCAAAGUAUUUUGGAGAAGGCUUUGAACAAACGACUGGAACAAAGGGAAGCUGAUGAGAAGGCUGGAAUUGAGCCAUCUGGGGAGCCUCAAGAUUUCAUCGAUUUGUUUUUAGAUGCUAGAUCAACUGUAGACUUUUUCGAAGGCGAAGCUGAACAAGAUUUUGCUAAAAGUGAAGUCUUGAAAGUGGAUAAGCAUCUGACAUUUGAUGAGAUUAUUGGACAACUGUUUGUUUUCUUGUUAGCUGGAUACGACACGACUGCCCUUUCUCUGUCAUAUUCUUCAUAUCUCCUGGCAACACAUCCAGAGAUUCAGAAGAAAUUACAAGAAGAAGUGGAUAGAGAAUGUCCAGACCCUGAAGUCACUUUUGAUCAGCUGUCGAAAUUGAAAUAUUUGGAAUGUGUUGUGAAAGAAGCAUUGAGAUUGUAUCCAUUGGCGUCUCUUGUUCACAAUCGAAAAUGUCUCAAAACCACAAAUGUUCUGGGAAUGGAAAUAGAAGCUGGAACAAAUAUUAAUGUGGAUACCUGGUCUCUUCACCAUGAUCCGAAAGUUUGGGGAGAUGAUGUUAACGAGUUCAAGCCGGAAAGAUGGGAGUCCGGGGAUGAACUAUUCUUUGCUAAAGGCGGAUAUCUUCCGUUCGGCAUGGGACCAAGAAUUUGUAUUGGUAUGCGAUUGGCUAUGAUGGAAAUGAAAAUGCUUUUGACCAAUAUUUUGAAAAACUAUACAUUUGAAACCACACCAGAAACUGUGAUUCCAUUGAAGUUAGUCGGAACUGCUACUAUUGCGCCAUCAAGUGUGCUGCUCAAACUUAAAUCCAGGUUUUGAAAUGUGUUUUGUACGGAUUGUUGUCUUUGUUUAUAUAUUUACCCAAUAAAUUUGUAUGUUCACGUA